AUGAAGAUCACGGUGCGGGGAUCGACGGUCGUGGUGCCGGCGGAGGACACGCCGAGCGUCUACUUCUUCCGGCGCGGCGCGGGGGAGGGGGAGGAGGCGGGCCGCUACUUCGACGCGGAGCGGAUGCGCCGGGCGCUGGCGGAGGCGCUGGUGCCCUUCUACCCGAUGGCGGGGCGACUGGCCCGCGACGAGGACGGGCGCGUGGAGAUCGACUGCAACGCGGAAGGGGUGCUCUUCGUGGAGGCCGACGCGCCCGACGGCACCGUCGACGACUUCGGCGACUUCGCGCCCACCAUGGACCUCAAGCGCCUCAUCCCCGCCGUCGACUUCACCGGGGGCAUCUCCUCCUACCCGCUCCUCGUGGUCCAGGUGACCCACUUCAAGUGCGGAGGCGUCGCCCUCGGCAUAGGCAUGCAGCACCAUGUCGCGGACGGCUUCUCCGGCCUGCACUUCAUCAACUCAUGGGCCGACCUCUGCCGUGGCGUGCCGAUUGCCGUCAUGCCGUUCAUUGACCGCACCCUCCUCCGCGCACGUGACCCGCCUACCCCUUCCCACCCGCACAUCGAGUACCAGCCAGCGCCCGCCAUGCUGGACUCGGAGGAGCCGCAGGCCCUCACCGCCAAGCCGGAAGCGCCGCCCACGGCCGUGGACAUCUUCAAGCUGUCCCGCGCCGACCUCGGCCGCCUCCGCGCCCAGCUUCCCACAGGCGAGGGCGCGCCGCGGUUCAGCACCUACGCGGUGCUCGGUGCACACGUCUGGCGGUGCGCGUCCCUGGCCCGUGGCCUGUCCCCAGAGCAGCCCACGAAGUUGUACUGCGCCACGGACGGGCGGCAGCGGCUGCAGCCGCUGCUCCCGGAGGGCUACUUCGGCAACGUCAUCUUCACGGCCACGCCGCUCGCGGUGGCGGGCAAGGUGACCGGCUCGCUGGCGGACGGCGCGACCACGAUCCAGGCGGCGCUGGAGGUGAUGGACAACGAGUACUGCCGCUCGGCGCUGGACUACCUGGAGAUGCAGCCGGACCUGUCGGCGCUGGUCCGUGGCGCGCACACGUUCCGGUGCCCCAACCUUGGGCUCACCAGCUGGGUGCGCCUGCCCAUCCACGACGCCGACUUCGGCUGGGGCCGGCCCGUGUUCAUGGGCCCCGGCGGCAUCGCGUACGAGGGGCUCGCGUUCGUGCUCCCCAGCGCCAGCCGCGACGGCAGCCUGUCGGUGGCCAUCUCGCUGCAGGCCGAGCAUAUGGAGAAGUUCCGGAAGAUGAUCUUUGACUUCUGA